AUGGGACUGGUGAUGAUUAUAGUUUAUCCUGAAACCAUUUAUUAUAAGAAACCGCUAAGGAUAAAUUGUACAAUUAAUGACAAGGUAGAGUCUGUGAACUGGUUCAUUAAAGGACCUAAAGAUAAGGAAAAAGCAAUUAUUUCUUCACGUCAUUAUAACUUUGUGAAUGAUCCUAUAUCUACAUCCAAUCUUGCAAUCAGUGCAACUUCAAUGUGGAAAGGUAGAUACUAUUGUCAUUUUAAUUUUGCAAAUGGUUCAAUGAUCCAUGAAGCUACUGCAGAUUCAAACAUUGUUCUUCUCCCUGAGGAGAUUACAACCAUUCCAUCACAAUACUCAAUUGCAAGAAAUGAGACUAUCCCUGUCAAAUGUUGCAUCAAGGAUGAUGGAGAAAAUUAUACUGUCACAUUGGAAGCAAGAGGAAGCUCAGAUGGAGUUUCAUAUGAAUUUGUGCAAACUGUCAAUGACACCAAGUGUUGGAAAUAUACGAUAGAUUACAAAUUUGCCAACAGUACUGUGUACAGAUGUACAUUCACAAAUAUGGUAAAUCAAAAUACAUCUGCAAUUAUAACUAUUUCUGUCUUAAAAGGGAAUGAAGUAUCAUGCGAGAAUGAAAACAGUCAAGGUUACAAUUGGCAAACUACCAUAGCUGGCCAGUACGCAGAAAGCAAUGACUCCUGUGCAGAAGGAAGAAUUGGAAAAAUAGUACGAUUAUGCAAUGAGGACGGCCAAUGGGACAAAGUGUUUAUCAACUGUACAAACAAAGCACUAAUCAAAUUAUUGAAUUUGGCCCAGGAACUGAGCAAUGGACGCGAUUCAACAUGCCAUAAGCUGCCAGAAGUAUUGCAGAAUAUAAGUGACUUGAUUGACAAUCAGAAGAAUCUUGCCGAUACUUUAGUUGCAAUUAAAAUUCUGGAUACACUUACCUUAGCCACUGAGAGGUCAAAUUCUACAUUUAAUGAUAGUGUUAUGGCAGAUUUCCUCUCAAUAGCAAGCAAUGCAACACUUGAUGUGCAGCAGGACAGAGAAAACAACAGCACCUAUUCAAUCACAUUGAUGAGAUCAGUUGAAAAAUUCAGUGAAGCAUUUCAAUCUCAUGAGGAAAACUAUGUACUGGAUGUUCCAAAUAUUAAGCUUAAGGGGCAAAAGUUUAACACUGUUCCCUCAAAAGGUUAUCAUGAGAGUUUUUCUGAAAAUUCUACAGUAGAGAUAGAAAGCAAAAGUUUGAAAGAAAGGGUGAAUAAUAAUUCUUUCAAAAUAUCAAGCAUCCUAUAUUUGAACAUAGAUGAAAGUUUACCUUCAAACUCAGAUGAUAAGUUUAUAAAUAGCCUGGUUCAAUCAACUACAUUGCAAGUUAACAAUGUUACAGACAGAAAGAACUCCAAAAUUACUGUCAAGAUGUUUUUCUCUCCAAAAUCAGGAAAAGGCAAUCCGGAAACUGCAAACUGUGUUUUUUGGGAUUAUGGGAGAGGUGGCUGGUCGAAUGAAGGUUGCGAAACGCAUGUUACUGAGAAAGGAACAAACUGUACCUGCACACACUUAACAUCGUUUGCUGUACUCAUGGCUGAAAAGGAGAGAGAUAUUCCAUACCUUGACGAAAUCACAUAUGCAGGAUUGUCUGUUUCCAUUGCAUCCUUGAUAUGCUUUAUCACUGUUGAAAUUGUUGUGUGGAACACAGUUGUCAAAAGCAAUGUCACUCGCUUUCGUCACACUACCCUCAUCAAUACUGCUAUUGCUUUGUUAUUUGCCCAAUCGUUCUUUCUGGUUGGUUCAAUUCAAUUUGUUAAAGACAAUGAAACGUUGUGUACAAUUGCUACAAUUUUCAGUCAUUUUUUUUUCCUUUCUGUUUUCUUUUGGACAUUGGCUCAAAGUCUAACGCUUCUGUAUCGGCUUAUCUUUGUUUUCCAUCAGAUGAGCAAGUUAGCCUUUAUGUCGAUUUCUUUUUUUCUCGGCUAUGUUUGCCCCUUGAUAAUAGUGAUUGCCUCAGCGACAAGCUUCAUCAGCAAAGGCAAAUAUAAGAGUAAGAGUCAUUGUUGGCUAAAUGUCAGUCCAUUUGGAACCAUCACUGCCUUUCACGCGUUCAUCAUACCAGCUGGAUGCAUUAUUGGAAUCAAUAUGUUUAUCCUGACAGCAGUCAUUGUGAAAAUAAUGAGGCCAUCUGUAUCAGAAGGAAAAAACAAGGAGGAUAAAAGGACAAUUAAGAAAAUCAUUAAAGCUGUCCUUAUUCUUAGUCCAACUUUUGGAUUGACCUGGGUCAUUGGAUUUCUCCUAACUGAGGAUGCUCAUGCGUUUUUCUAUUACGCAUUUGUCAUUUUAAAUUCACUUCAGGGUUUAUUUAUUUUACUGACUUCCAGUUUCACAGAGACAAAGGUCCGCGUAGCCUUCACAAAGUACUUUAAGUCAAUGACCUUUCAAAGUACAUCUGAGAAUGUCUACUCAAAAACAAUAUCUCAUUCGCUUAAAAAGUAAGGUUACACAGGAUGGAAAAUCAGAAGUUCUACACCAAUAUGCUCGGCAGUUCCUUUGAUAAUUCGCAAGUUACAGUUCUUGGCAAAUAGUUUCUAUAGAUUACUGCUUUCCCAGCAUUUUGGAGUAUCAGACAGAAAAUAAGAAACCAAUUGAAAUGUCUUAUCAUUACUUGAGUUUUGUUUUAUUAA